AUGAGUUUAGAACAGUUUAGAAAUGUGAUUGAAAGAGAGGAGAUAUUGCAGAGGAGAAAUAUAGAAAAAGAGAUGGAAAAAAUAAGGCACGGUAGACACUAUAUCCAGGAGAGGAAUCAUACUCACCUGAAUGAAUCUGUCCAUGCAUGUGAGUCCCCAUUACGAACACAGGGGCGAAUUACGAGUAGUUCCAGACAACAACGUGUUUCGUCUUAUGUUCCAUUACACGAGGGAGAGAAUCUUGAAGAUUUGGACAUAUUUCUAGAAGAGGCACGCAUGGAAAUACGGAACAGAAUCAACAGCCUUGGAUCAAUUGUCGGUGACCUCGUAACAGUUGAUGAGUACGUUGGUGACACCGAACAAUCGGAAACCAAGACGUUUGAACAUCACAAGUCUGCACAACAACCAGAGACGGAAACAGACAACAGAUUCGGACGACAAGCACACAUUAUCCGUAACAGAGAUGAAAAUGAACGUACAGAAAGGGAAUUAGAGUUACGACAGCGGCUUCUGGAGUUAGAGGACCGCGAAAGCAAAUAUCGGGGAAGAGAAGAGCAUAUGUAUGAAUAUUGGAAACCGAAAGAGUUUGACUUACAGCAAAAGGAACGAGAAAUGAAACAGAAAUUUGAUAGGAGAGAAGAGCGACUAUUAUCUCAAGAAAUGAAGUUAAGAGAUAUGGAAAUCUCAUUAUCUGAGAGGAUGCAGAAGCUUGAAUGCAAACUGGAGAUGCGAGAGAAUCGUAUAACGGAGGGCUAUUGGAAGAAUGAACGAAAUGAGACAGUGGGCAAUGCAUCUGUGCUUGAAAAGUGCAGUAAAGAGAAAAUUGACUAG